AAACUUUAACAAAAUGUUCAAAUUCAUCGCUGUUUGCUUCUUCGCUGUUUUGGCUUUGGCCACUGCUAAACCCGGUGUUGUAGCUCCUUUGGCUUAUACGUCGCCUUUGGCUUACUCUGCUCCUUUGACUUAUGCCGCUGCUCCCGCUGUUGUUGGUCAUGAUUCCUACGUUGCUCCUUAUGCCUCCACCUACAAUGCCCAUCACAUCGCUCACUCUGCUGCCUUCCCUGCCACUUAUGCUGCUGCCCCAGUUGUUCACGCCGCUCCUGCUGCUUAUGCCGCUGCUCCCUUUGUAGGUGCUUCUUAUGCUGCUCAUUAUGCCACCCCCUUCGCUGCUCCUCUUUUGUUGAAGAAGUAGAUCAGAGAAUUGAAUUUGAAUUGAAAUAAAUGAUUUAACUACGAAAGACUGAAAAA